AUGACAGUGAUCAAGAAGGUGUACUACAGCCUUGACGGCUGUGUGGUGCAGAUACAACAGGUCCACAGACACCUCUACAUGGAGUCGGUCAGACGUGGCAGAGUAAGGAGGAAGGAGGACAGCUACAUGAAGGAGGACAGCUACAUGAAGAGAGCCAAGAUGGCUGUACAAAAGGACCACUGGUACAACAGGGCACUCCUCAUCCUUCUCUCCAGUCUCACAGUUUCUGUGCAGCAGACAGAUGGUGUAACCACGGUGAAGCUGGAGGAGGGGAUGGUUCUAGUGUGUGUGUGUCCGUGGGAAGGGAACCUCACCAUGGUCUCCUGGACCAAACUGAUCCGAUUUAAUAAGGUCCCUAUAGCCGUGUACCACCCUGAGUACGAGGUGUUCAUUUCCCAGUCCUACCAGACCAGGAUCCAGUUCCUGAAGACCACACCCAUGGACGGCAGUAUCACCAUCACUAACGUCACCCAGGAGGACACUGGGGUUUACCACUGCUCUGUUCAAACCUUCCCCAGAGGAUCCUGGGCCAGAGAUAUAUCGGUGGAGGAGGAUGAUGCAGAUCAAGUAGAAACGGACAUCCACAUCAGAGAACCAGAACGUAGCCCAGUUGAUUUCAGCUGUCUGCGUAUCUGA